UAUUUUUUAUUAAAUGUUUUUGAAUACCUAUUAUUGAUACUUGUAGUAUAGUGUAUACUGUUUAGUGUUAACUUUUCCAUUAUUAUUCAUCAUGUAUUCUGGUUUUGACAUUAUGGAAAUGUUUAAAAAUGAUAUUUUAUCUUGUACUAAUGAUUUAUUUUAUACUGAUUGUUUUCUUAAAAACGAAAAUAUGGGUGAGGUAUAUAUUGCGUUUGCAAAAUUACCUACGGCUAGGGAUAAAUUCUUAUAUACGUAUAAUCUCCUUAAAAAAUAUAAUAAAUUACCUAUGGAGUGUAAAUUGACAAAUCCCAAAAAUAACAAAAAAGCUAGAAAAAUCAGAGAAAAUGCAAAUUUCAAAUUUCAAAACAGAGACUAUGUCUCCGCUUUUUGUGAGUACAAUAAAAGUGUUAUGACAGCAAAAAUUGAUAGCGAAGACUAUGUAUUGGCUGUGGCAAAUCGUUCGGCUGCCCUCUAUUAUUUAGAAGAAUAUGAAGAUUGUAUCCAUGACAUCCACCAAGCUUUAGCCAAAAAAUAUCCUACUGAACUGGCCUACAAAUUAUAUGAAAGAGAAAUAAAAUGUCUAAAACUUAUAGGGAAAACAUCUCAAGCCAAAUUAAAAUUUAAAGAAUUUUUGUUACAUUUAUCUCGAGCCUUGCUACCUAAAGAAAAGAAAAAAGAUAUUGAAAUGCAAAUUAAAAGGCUUUUAAAUGAAACCAAUAAAAAGGAGACUAAUAAAUUUAAUUUAAUUAAAUUACUAGGAGGUCCAAACAAAAAUAUUCCGGCAUUGUCCAAAUUUGUCAAAAUGAAGUAUUCAGAAUCAAUGGGUAGAUGUUUGGUUGUUUCAUCUGAUAUUAAUCCUGGAGAUGUCCUUGCUAUUGAAAAACCUUAUGCAGGGGUACUAAGGCAAGAAUCCUAUGAACAUAAUUGUCAUAACUGUUUUAAACGUUGUUUGAGUGGCAUACCAUGUUUAAAAUGUACUCUGGUGAUUUACUGUAAUGAAAUUUGUAGAGAAAAAUCUUAUAAGAAUGGUCAUAAAUAUGAAUGUUCUAUGUUUUCGACAUUUAUCAAUUGGCCAAGCAUGGGUCAUAUGGAACAUCUAUCAUUUUACAUAUUCUUAAAAUCAGUUUGUAACUUAGGAUUGGAAAAGUAUAUUGCUACUGUAUGUGCUUUGAAUGCUGAAACUACUGAUCCAAUGAUGCGAGGUUUUAAUAAUGGCAAAUAUUUAUCUGACCAAUUUUGUUCUGUUUACACUUUGGAAGGAAAUGAAACUAAAAGAACUGUGAGUGAUCUAUUUUUGAGACAUUGUUAUGCUGCUGUUAUGGUUUCAAUUAUGACAAUAGCUGGUCUACAAAUACCUGAUCAUCAACUAGGUAUUGUUGGUGAAUCAUUAGUUCAUAUAAUAUGUGCAGUCUCUUCUAAUGCUCAUGGUAUAACACAACCCCCAAAUCGUAAGACAUGGAGUCUAGACCUAGUGAAUGAUAAUAGAUUUAUGCCAGUUGCUUCUUUAUUAAUGCCAGUGUUGAGCUUGUUAAACCAUCAUUGUGAUCCUAAUGUAGUAAGACAUAACUACCAUGGAACAAUAGUCCUUACAGCUAUUCAACCUAUUUCUAAAGACUCACAGCUGUUUGAUAACUAUGGAUUAUUGUAUGCUACACAUCCAAAAAACACGAGACAUCAAUUACUGAAAAACCAAUAUUGUUUUCAUUGCGAAUGUUUUCCCUGUGAAGACAAUUGGCCAAUGUAUGAUGUAUUAUCUAACCAACCAAAAUCAGAGUAUAAAAUAUUUACUGACAUCAGUUCAGAUAUAUUAGAAAAAUCAUCAGCCAAGUUGUAUGAAAUAAUUAACAAAAUUCAAAAAAAUGAAUGUGAUGGUCUUGAAUACAUUCAGUUCUUGUACUCUCAUUUAAAACUUCUUCACGAUAAUAUAAAAAGGCCAAUAGGAGAAUACUGCGAUUGCCAAGAAACUAUUAAAGAAGUUCUCUAUAGUACAGCCAAUAAGUUUAUUAUUGAAGAUGAUUGAAUUAUUAUAAAUUUAAUGGUUGAGCAUUUUUUACUAUUCAAAAUUUUUUUUAACUUCUAUGUAAUAACCAAGAAAACAGGUCUUAUUUCUUUUAAA